AUGACACCAGCAGAGGGUCACAGCAACUGGGCAGGUGAGCGCCGCAUCCUUCGUGGAUUUGUGUCUGACAGUAGAGAUGUAGAUGCCAAGCUGAUGGUGUAUGGGGACCAGUGCUUUGUUUUUUCUCACCCUCUCUCCUCUCUCUCUCCUAGUGAACAGGCCAGCCUGAGGCAGCAGGUGGUGGAGGAGGACACAGAGGAUUGGCAGAGAAGUCCAGACUUCACCGGUCUGGAGAGGGUCGGUGGAGUGGACCUGUCGUUCAUCAAAGGAGAUGACGUCAACGCCUGUGCCCAGCUAGUGGUACUCAGCUACCCAGACCUAGAGCUGCUGUAUGAGGACAGUCAGAUGGUAACCCUAACCGCCCCCUACAUCUCAGGGUUCCUGGCCUUCAGGGAGACCCCCUAUCUGCUGGAGGCCCUGCAGCGCCUGGAGACGACCCAGCCCAGCCUGCUACCUCAGGUGGUCUUGGUGGAUGGGAAUGGUCUGUUCCACUACAGAGAGUUUGGCCUGGCGUGUCACCUGGGAGUUCUGUCAGGGCUUCCUUGUAUAGGUGUGGCCAAGAACCUUCUGCAGGUACAGGGUGUGGAGAAGAGCGAGGAACACCAGUCACAAAUUGCCUCAUUGCAGAAGGGAGGAGACAGCUUCCCUCUGACUACCGACUCAGGAAAAGUGCUGGGGAGGGCCCUGCGUAGUUCUGACAGCAGUACCAAACCAGUGUAUGUUUCAGUGGGCCACAAGAUCAGCCUGGACACGGCCCUGCGCCUCACACACUCCUGCUGCCGCUACCGUGUCCCAGACAGCCCUGAGAGCCCUGAGCUGAGAUAA